GGUGCAUUUUUAUCCCAAAGUUGUGCAACCACACAUCAUGUUGACGUCGAUGUGUGCAAUUGAUAUUUUCAAGUUCUGUAGCUAUAUUCGUGGAAUACAUCUUUCAUAUUUACAUAAGUAUUUGUGUAUUAAAAAUUGACUUUUGAAAAAUAAAAAAGUGCUCGUGUAGGAGAUAUUUAAAACUAUAAUAACGUAAAAAUAAAGGUGAUGAGAAAUAUUAAGAACAUAAUUAUAUCAAAUAUUUUUUCGCGUAGUUGAAAGAAGCACACGAUAAACAGAUUUUGCCUAUGUAGAGUACAAUUACUAAAUGUGCUGUGUAUAACUUAAAAAUAGCUAAUUAUGUUAAAAAAAUUACACAAAAUUUUGACAUGAUACAAACUUCAAAACAUGCAAUUACAUCUUCAUUAUUUUUGUAGUUUUAAUAAUGCAGUGCAGAUCUGGGGAACAUUUCCCUCGUUGUUGCAUUGGUCUCAUUACUUUAGUAAUACCAAUAUCAUUAACACGUUAAUCGCUAUUUCACAUACAUAAAUAUGUUAAGAUGAGUACUUAGGUGCUACAUUAUUAGCAGCGCAGCGUAAAAUCAAGUGAGUGUGGUGGGGAUGGUUCAUUAGGAGGGGAACGGAGACCGUGUGAUCCGCGGCCACUAGUUCACUAAGUGGCACUUAGGUAUGAUUUAAAGAAUGUUCCAAUGAUCUAAGGAUGAAGACUAACAGAAGAAGAAUAACGUAGGGUAUUAACAUGAAGUGGAUUAUAAUCUCAUGUAUUUUAUGCGUAUUCGGUUGUUUCAAAGAGUUUAGACCUUCUGAAUCUUUUGUCACUGAUUAUUUAACCGGCCCAUGGAAAAAUUUUACAGAUGUUCAAGUUAAUCAAGAAAUUUUUCCUAUCUCUACGUAUUCUUACUUUGCAACUUUGAUUAUUGUAUUUUUAAUAACAGACUUCGUACGAUAUAAGCCUGUUAUAAUUUUAUGCGGUUUAUCUGGUGUCACUACUUUUCUACUAAUCACACUUGGGAAGGAUCUCUUGUCUAUGCAAAUUGUGGAAUUUUUUUACGGCUUAUUCCUUUCAACUGAAAUAGCGUAUUACACUUAUAUUUAUGCCAAAGUUGACAAAAAGCAUUAUCAAGAAGUAACAAGCCACACAAAAGCAGCUUCUUUAAUCGGUCGUUGUAUGUCUGGUAUUAUCGCACAAUUAACAGUUUCUUUAAAUCUAUUAAAUUAUCAUCAAUUAAAUUAUCUUACUACAUCAGCCAUCGCAGUUGCUACAUUAUGGGCUUUCUUUUUACCUUCUGUUGGGAAGUCCAUUUAUUUUCAUAGAAAUAAUGAAAAUUCUGUUUCUGAAAUAAGUAAUGAAACAGUAUCACAUCAAAAUUUAACUGUAGCACCAUAUAUAUCCGAGCAGCAUAUUGAACAUGUUUCUUUCAAUACAAAGGUUUCGAUAUUACAUAAAAUAAGACAAGCUUAUAUUUUUUUAUGGAGAGAUUUUUUAGAAGCUUAUUCAAAUAAACAUGUAGUAAAGUGGUCACUGUGGUGGGCUUUCUCAACUUGUGGAUAUUUGCAAGUUGUUAGUUACAUACAGUUACUUUGGCAAACUGCAGUUUCUCAUGAUGAUAAGAUCUAUAAUGGAGCUGUUGAUUCCCUUUAUACAAUCAUAGGUACAAUAACAGUAUUUUGUAUUGGAAAAAUGCCAUUUAAUUGGUCCUUAAUAGGGGAUAUAGUAGUAUCAAUUAUGUCAUUUAUGGAAGGUAUUUUAUUAUUAGCCGCCUCAUAUAGCUACAGUAUUUGGCUGUUAUAUGGCUAUUAUAUAGUAUUUGGAAUUAUUUAUCAUACAAUGCACACUGUUGCAAGUUUUGAAGUUGCAAAGUGUAUAUCAGAGAACAGUUAUGGUUUAAUAUUUGGUGUGAAUACUUUUUUUGCACUGUUAUUACAAACUGUAUUAACAGCUAUUGUAGUGAAUGGAAGCUUAGGAUUAAGUCUGAGAUCUCAGUACUUCACCUAUGGUGGUUAUUUCAUUGUGAUAGCAAUGUUGUACACAAUAAUAGGUAUUUUUAACAUUGCUCAAUAUUUUAAGAAGGGUAAAGAAUUCAACAUGUGGACAAAGAAUAAGGAUCUUACAAAUGUACAACCUCAGAAUGAAGAGACAUCAUAAAGUCACAAAGUCCUAGUUGAAACUGUAAUUGUUGUACCCAGCUAAAGUGUAGUUCCAAAAACUUUUAAUGAACUCUACAUAAUUUUUUAUUGUUUAUUUUUAUUUUCAAAUGAAACUAUUUUUAUAUUGUUAUUAGAGUUAUUGUUAAUAAAAUGCAUAUCUGGACUGAUAGAAAUAGUACUAUGCAGUAUUAUAUUGUUGUGAUUGCUUCUUGUCACAAAUGAGAAAAGAAAAUGAUUACAUUGAGCAUAUGGAUUAUGCCAUUUUGUAUAGAAAUAUAAAAAACCUUGACAUUGUCCUUUAUUAAACAUAGUUCUUAUAUAAUAAUGUUACUUAUUCUAUCUUCAAUUUGUUACUUUUAAUCUACACUUUUUUAAACGACAGGUUUAUCUUUCUUUGAU